UCCAGUCCCCGCCCGGACAGGUGGCUCGCCCCUCCCCUGGGCAGGUACGCGCUGCUGCGGAGCGGGCUCUAGUGGGCCGCUCUGCGCCCUCCUCCUGGGCUUAUAUGUGGCCACAUUUGAACGCUCGGGCAUGGAGCACGCUGCUCGACCUCAAAGAUGGACUUGGACGAGUUGUUCCUGCUGGACAGCCUCGCCUACAUAGAGGGUGUCUUGGCUUUUGUGUUCUUCGUGUUGCUCACUCUUGUGGGCUCUCCCUAUGGCCGCUACUCGUGGCAGCAUCCCGGCGUCCAGGUGCCGGCGCGACCGGCCUGGUUCCUGCAGGAGCUGCCCUCGAUGGUUUGGCCGCUGUAUGAGUGCGUCCGCCCUGCAGCCGCGCGCCUUAGCAGCCUGCCCAACCGGGUCCUGCUGGCCAUGUUUCUGAUCCACUACGUGCAAAGGACUCUGGUUUUCCCGGUCCUGAUCCGAGGAGGGAAACCCACGCCCCUGAUUUCCUUUAUUGGAGCAGUGCUGUUCUGCACCCUCAAUGGCUACCUGCAGAGCAGGUACUUGAGCCAGUUUGCGGAGUAUGCGGACGACUGGGUGGCCCAGCCCUGUUUCCUGACCGGUUUUGCCUUGUGGUUAAUAGGCAUGGUGGUAAAUAUCCAUUCCGACCACAUCCUGAGGAAUCUGAGAAAACCAGGGGACACUGGAUACAAAAUACCCAGGGGAGGCCUGUUCGAAUAUGUCACUGCAGCCAACUACCUCGGGGAGAUUGUGGAGUGGUGUGGCUUUGCACUGGCCAGCUGGUCCCCCGCGGGCGGAGCGUUUGCUCUGUUCACCAUCAGUACGCUGCUCACCAGGGCAAGGCAGCAUCACCAGCUUCCUGUGCACAGGGACCGUGACCGCUUACGGCUGUUGUCUCAUCCAGGCGUGUUGCUGCUCUUCACAUCUGUGGCGUCUGAUGGGAAACCGAAUGGCAGCUUGUCUCUAAGUGGACGAACAAGCCGUCAUACUUUUGAAAACUAAUCGGGGGGAUUGACUGGACAAACAAGCCAUCAUAUGUUUGAAAACUAACUGGGGGGAUUGACUGAACGAACAAGCCGUUCAUACUUUUGAAAACUAAUCGGGGUGGGGGGGAUUGACUGGACGAACAAGCCGUCACACGUUUGAAAACUAACUGGGGAUUGAACAAGGGGCGGUCGAGUCCACCGCGGAGCACUUUCCUCGAACAAAACAGGGACCAGGAAAGUCCUUCCCGACACUUGAAUAUGAAAUACACAGAAAUGGGAAAUAAAUAAUUCAGAUUUCCAAAUGAAA